CUCCGCGAGUAGCGAGCAUGCGCAGCCGCCGCCGCAGACAGCCGUCGCGAACAGCAACGACCUCUCCGGGUCACGCGGCGGCAUUUCCGCUUCCGGUCACUAAGAUGGCGGCGCCCAGGGGCCCGUGGUUGCUGAGGGGCGCUCGAUGGCUGCACACGGAGGUCUCCGCGGCGCCAGUCGCUCCUCCUCUCCCGGUUCCCUCGUCCCUGUACCCGCCUGUGGUGGCCUCCCGCACGGCCAAGAGCCAGGCGGCGAAGCUCCGGCGCCGCGAGCUGUUCUACCAGGAGAUUCACGACGCGCCCUCCGUCGAGGAGAAGCUGCGCCUCUACGGGAAGCGGCAGCGCCUCAAGUACGUCGUCUACCCGCAGACGUGGGCGAUCAACGCGGACCGCUGGUACCAGAACUUCACCAAGACCGUCUUCGUGCAGGGACUGCCCGCCGCCGCGGUCGAGGAGGGGGAGGGUGAGCAUGGGGAGGGAGCCUCAGCCGGCGGCUUGGACCUGGCGGAGCUCCGUUCCUUGGUGUGCGACGUGCUGCUCCAGGAGCAUUUCUACCAGCGCAAGCGGAGCGCCUUCCUCUACCGUGAGAACGAGCAGGGCCCGGUGCCCUUCCUCACCCACCUGGUCCCUGCCCUCACCACCAGCCUGGCCGCCGUCAACCCAGUGUUCGCUUCGUCCUCUGCCAUAGACUUUCAACCUGAAGUAAAUUUCUACUGGAUGCAUGGUGAGACUAGGGUUCCUUGUGGACCUCGGAGGGGCAGAAUUGAGCCACUGAGAUUUCAGAUAGAUGACAAACCACUCUGUCAGAUUCGGAUAUCAAAACAGCUUUCAGAGUUUGUGCCUCUGGAUUAUAUUGCCCCAGGAGAUAUUCCUGUUCUUAAUGUUCUACCUGACAAGCUCCCAUUAUUCAAAAGGCAGUAUGACAACAAGAUAUUUAUAGGAUCAAAGGUAGCAGAUCCAUGCACCUAUGGACACACACAAUUUCAUAUCAUUCCUGACAAACUCAAAAGAGAGAGGUUAUUAAAACGAAACCUUCAUGAUCAGAUUGAAGUUCCUUUCCGUGCCAAUGGAAUUACAAGUCUCUUUGCUUGGACUGGAGCCCAAGCAAUGUACCAAGGAUUCUGGAGUCAGGCAGAUGUGAGCCGGCCCUUUGUAUCGCAGGCUGUGAUUACUGACGGAAGAUACUUUGGCUUCUUUUGUUACCAGUUGAAUACCUUGGCUUUAAGUGCUGAUGCUGAUAAAAAUAACCCAAGGAAGAAUAUUUGUUGGGGAACUGAGAGUCAGCCUCUCUAUGAAGCAAUAGAAGACAACAACGUGAAAGGUUUUAAUGAUGAAGUUCUCUUCCAGUUGGUUAAAUUUCUUUUAAAUGGACCAAAGGAAUUAUAACUGAAACUUCAGCUAAUCAGAAGGUACUGAAGCAAGGUCCAAUGCUUGAAAUUAUUAAAGUUCAGUCAUUUGAUUGUGAUUCUUAAACAAGACUUGGGGAUGAAUGGAAGUUGUACAAGAGCACUGCUGGUGCUAUAAUGCCUUGACUCAUGCAUUUGUAUGUACAUGUGUAUAAAUCUAGCUGAGUAAAUGAAAUGUCAAGGGAAAAA